AUGGACUCUUCGUCGAAUUCCAAUCCCUCGUCUGUGUCAGAACCCGCAACUGGUGGCUAUUCUGGAGAAUUCUGGGGUGGAAUAAACCAUCUGUACAGUUCCAAUCAGCCUGAAGGCCAGCCUUUUGGUAUAGGAUGGGAUCAUCCUGUCUUCCGAACAGCUGCACCCAAUCCCCAGCGAUCUCACCAGCAACCUCAGGAUAUUUAUUCACACCCCUCGCAGCAAUGGCAGCAACCCCAAUUGCAGCCUCAAUUGCAGCCUCAGUUGCAGCCUCAGUUGCAACCCCAGAUGGUACAAGAGCCACAGCAGAAUUAUGCUUUACCCGCCCAGUACCAACUCAACCAGUUUCAGUCUUCAAAUCCGACAUAUGAGACAACCCAACCAAACCCAACUUCCUAUCGACAGUAUACAUUUGAUCCCCUGAACUUUUAUACCAACUCUCCCGCCGCGCCUCAAAAUGGCUUUCGUCAACAACCUCCAGUUGAUCUGCAAAUAGUGAAUCAUUCGUCACAGAUCGCUCCAUCACCAGCCAGGGGUCCUAUGCCGUCUUAUGAAAGAUCAGGAACUUUACAAAGGGAUAUACAAAAUGAUAACAUUAACCUUUCAAAUGGCUUCCAGCAGUCUCACCCGGGAUCUGCUUACCACAAUACUAUUGAUCCGCAGUUUCUUUCUGCGUCUCAACAUUCGAUGAUUCAACCUAGCUCCUCUCAAAAUGAAUUCUUUGUCAUUAAUCCAGCGGACCUUGACAAUCGGCCUACCCCAGAUCUGUAUCAAACAUACAGUGCAGAGAUUGCUCCCCGCUUGAUUGGUUCAAAUCAACCAAAUAUAAGUCACAUACAGCCAAUUCCUCCUGUCACAACAACCGUGAAAAAGCCAAAAAAAGCGACAACAAAAGCCGAUAAACCACCAACAAAGCGCAAGAAAAAAGAUGAAACAGAAAAGGUUCAGGAUCGUCCACAAGCUGCAGCCAUUAAGGCUAUGGUCAAACGGAGUCCACGACCAUCGGAUGUCUCAGCCAGUUCUGAUAGUGAUGGCUCCGACGGUUCUUCGGAUCUCGAGGUCGCCCCAGAGCCCUCUCCUCUUCCUCCUGUACGGCCUCAGGAUGUCGAGGGUGGCUCCAAGUACGACACGUUGAAAGCGGUUUGGUCGCCAAGGAAUAAGCAACCGCCAAUAUCAACAAUACGAAAUGCGUUGACGCUUUUCUCUGAACUUGUCAAGGGAGUUCGCGACACUUGGAAAUCGAAAAGCGAAUUACUAAAAGCAGCUGAGAAUCAAAACCAUGAAGACAAAAUCCCUGGAAUCAAGAAGGAAGUUUUAUUGCAACGCCGUCUCAUAGAUCUUAUAGUCACUACUGCUCUGGAAGGUGGGCACCCAGCCAUCAUCCAAAGGUUCGGUGAACAUCCAAUUAUUGUGUCUGCGCUGUAUUCAUUUUUGCUUGAUCGACAUACCGCAGCAGACAGUGACGGACCUUUAACAGUAAAUAUAUUGAAGCUCAUGGCGAAAUUCGUGACAAUGGAUCAAGCGAUGCUUGAGAAAACCAAAAAUGACAAAAUCCUUACCCGAUUUGUCAAAAAAGGGGGUGAUGUCAUUAAACAGCUAGCACAAACAAUUCUAUCUAAUGCCGCAGAGUUGACAAAGAGGAAGGCCGAACUCGCAAAAGCUGCUUCCAAUAAAACGGAGAGCACCCUCAAUGAACAUGAGCUAGUGCAUAUGCAACCUGAAAUAAUCAUUCAGAACCCCGCUGAACUCACUCCCGGGACCAAGAGGCCCCGUGAGCCUGAAGCAGGUGGUGCUCCGUCGCCAAAGCGAACUGUAACUGCUGCCAACGGCAAGCCUGUUGCUAAACCUGUUGCUGCAGCCCCGACGAAACGCGCUACAGCCACCGCUCAAGAAGUCAAGCCCGUAGCUACAAGCGAGAGUGCAGUUGCCGCUAAACCCAAGGCCAAUAUAGUGGUUCCAAAACCCACCCCAAACCUCUUUAGCAGCUUAAUGUCUGCUUCUAAAAAACCUGGAACCUCCAAUGCUGCCCGUGCUGCUGCUGCCAAGGAAAAAGCGAAUUCCGCACCAGAGCUCAAGCCCACCCCGUCUUCAGCUGCGGCGCCAAAGCCAGCCUUCUCAUUCUCUGAGACCAUGGCUGAUUUGAAUAAGCCAAAAGAAUUAGCUUCUAGCAAACCAGCCGAGGAUCUCCCCCUGGAAACAGAGGAAGAACGCAAGAAACGUCUCCGAAAAGAAGAACGUCGUAAGCUACGUGUGAGCUGGAAACCGGAUGAAGAAUUGACUGAAAUCCGUCUCUUCACUCAUGACCCCGAGGAAGAAGUUGGCCACGACGACAGCAUGAUCCGUGACGUUGCUGAUGUAAGCGGCGAGGGAAGAACCCUGAAACUCCAUCGUGAUUUAGACGAUCUGGAGGACGAUGAUGAUCCUGAAUCUCGAGAAGAGAUUAUUCGUCCCUACACUACACCAAUAGGAAUCAACUUCUCUGAACUUGAUCCAGGGGAACGGAGCCGGAAUUUCAUCAAGAGAGGAGGCACACAGAAUCCCGAUAGCAACGAAAAACGGGCCCAGGAGCUGCGCGAAGCGAAUACACUGAGUGUCUUCUACACGUCUCCUGCCGAUAUCCCCAUUUCUCCUAAGGAACCACCCCUGCCGGAUCCGGAUGAACCAUAUAACCCAGAAGUCCCCUUUGGCGAGCCAGAAGAUAGAAUAAAGGCGCGAUCUGCAAAAUACUUUGCUGCACGAGCCCCACCACCCCCACCCCUACAACCGGUUACGAUAACCCAGAAUUCCAGCACGGUGGAUAUCGCUUCCCUACUCAAGAUCAUCCAGCAAACCCCCCAACAAGGGCAACAACCCCAGCCAUCAAACCCUUUAUUCGAUGUCGAAAAAACUUUUGGGCAAUUCUCUGGCAGCCAGGUCCAACCCACCGUCCCGUCGAUACCUCAAAUACCCCAUAUUCAACCGCCUACACAAACACCCGCAAUGCAAGGCGGUCUUGAUAUUCAAGCACUGCUUGCUGUCAUGAAUGCGCAGAAGCAGCUUCAGCAAGCAAACCCCCCAUCAUUCCCUCAGGCUCAAAGCCAGGUUUCGUCAACCCAAACCCCGAACCUUGCUGCUGUCCUAUCCCAGUUCCAAAAUGUUGCAACACCCCAACAGCAGCAACAGCAGCAACAACCAUCUUCUCAGUCAUUUGGAUAUAAUCAGAAUCAAAAUCAGCAGAAAAAACAGCAGCAAGGUAACAUUUAUGAGGACUCUGAUAGGAAGCGGAUGCGCGAAGGGCAUGGCCAUGGCCAUGGCCAUAAUAAGCAUGGUGGAUAUGACAAUUUUGAGGACGGAGGCCAUGGUCAUGGCCACGGUCAUGGUCACAACAAGCGGGCUAGGGCAAAUGGCGACUUCAAACAUAAGAAACAUCCCAAGGCAGGCCUUGUCCCGUGUCGAUAUUGGAAGGAAGGAAAAUGUCUCAAGGGCGACGACUGCACAUUCCGCCACGAUCCUCUCGAUUGA